UCAAAAAUGUUUCAACAUGAAAUAAGGACUUGAUUUGAUUUCAGAAUCUACUGUAUCUAUAUGUAGUCCAGGAUGUCAAUGUACUAGCUGGCCCGGUUAUUGUAACGGCUGUAAUGAAGGCUAUUAUAUGACUAAUAAGAGGAUAUGUGAAAGGUGUUUAGCAAAUUGUUUAACAUGUUCAUCAUAUCUAUUUUGCACGAGUUGCAACCAAGGAUUCUUUCUAAAAACUUAUAGCUGGUUUGCUGUCCUUGUAAGUGUUUGUCAAUCUUGUGCCGAAGGAUGCAGAAUAUGUUCUUCUGAAAAUGAAUGUUCUCAAUGUGACAUGGGGCACUACAAGGACGGUUGGUCGUGUAGAAAAUGCCCUAAAAAUUGUACAAAUUGCAAAUCAGAACAUGAAUGUCUUGAAUGUAAGGAUGGUUACCGUCAAAGUGGUUCUUUAUGUUUGGACUGUCCCAGAGGGUUCUACUGGCUGGAAUCUGCUUGUUUACCUUGUCCCGAAAACUGUGCCUCCUGCGCGAUGCAUUAUGAAUGCACUGAUUGCAAACCUGGAUAUUUUCAACGUACGUGCACACAAAAGUGCUCUCCUGGAUGCGUAGGCAACGUCUGUGAAAAGAAAAAAGGAAAAUGCAAUUGUCUAGACAACUUUAUUGGCGAACCGUGUAAUUCAUGUAGUCCUGGAAGAUUUGGGCCGACUUGUAAUCAAGACUGCCCUAAACAUUGUUGGACUUGUGAUUCAUACGAAAACUGUACUAUGUGUGUUGACGGAUAUUAUGGUAAGAGAUGCGAACAUAAUUGCUCUAGUGGAUGUGUGGAGAGUAGCUGUAACCCGGUAAAUGGUAUUUGUCAUAGUUGUAAGCCUUCAUAUUAUGGACAAAAAUGUGAAAUGGCUUGUCCAAGUGGGUGUCUAGAUAACGUUUGCGAUAGGGAAACGGGCGCCUGUCAUAAUUGUAAACCUCUUUUCAAAUGGCCAAAAUGUGUAAAUUGUAUGAAUGGGUAUUGGGGUAAGGACUGUAGAAAUGACUGCCCCGGCAGCUGCCGUUCCUGUUUAUCCACUACGGAGUGCACAAAAUGCAAAGACGGACUUCACGGAGAAAAAUGUGAAAAGAAAUGCUCUUAUGGAUGCUUCUCUGAAUUAUGUGAUCAAAACACAGGGAUAUGCUCUAAAGGCUGUAAAGCAAACUUUACCGGAACGUACUGCAAUCAAUGUAUACCUGGAAUGUAUGGAGGUAAUUGCAGCGUAUCAUGUCCGGAGAAUUGUUAUAAUGGAACGUGUGAUUCACGGGAUGGGACAUGCUUGUUAGGAUGCAUUCCUAAAUUUCAUGGCAAAUAUUGUAAUUUGUCCUGUCCAGGUAACUGCAAGAAAUGUACCUCAAAAACUUCCUGCCAGUCCUGUGAAAAUCGUUUUUGGGGAGAGCGUUGUCAGACAAAAUGCCCUACUUUGUGUUCGGAUGGCACGUGCCGGUCGGAUGGAACUUGCAAUGCAUGUAUUUCUGGUUACUAUGGAGAGUAUUGUAAUAUACCAUGUAGUGAGAACUGUAUUAACUCCUUGUGCAAUAUGUCAGGUUAUUGCAACGAUUGUCAGUCAGGUUAUUUCGGUAUAUUUUGUUCUGAACAUUGUCCUCCAAAUUGUUUAUCAGACGAGUGCUUGAGGGAUGGAAGUUGUCAUUUCUGCCCACCUGGGUUUCACGGAUCCAGGUGUAACAAAUCUUGCCCAAAAUACUGUCAGUCCUGUACAGAUUAUAUGUCGUGCAAGUCAUGUUUCAGUGGUUUUUAUGGACAAUUUUGCCAAUACAAAUGUAAUUACUGUAAAAGAGGAACAGCUUGUAAUAUUGAUACUGGUUAUUGUAAGUUUUGCGAAGAUGGAUUGUAUGGCAACAAAUGCACAUCAAAACUGGACUGUAAUAGUAACUGUGUACAUCAAGUAUGUGAUUGGGCAACAGGAAAGUGUAGUUUAGGAUGCGUGGUUGGCUUCUACGGAGAAAAUUGCAGUUAUUCAUGUAGUGAUAAUUGUCGCAACAGAACAUGCGAUAGAGAGACAGGGUCCUGUUAUCAUGGAUGUAUAGAAGGUUUUGAAGGGACCAUGUGUUCACAAGGUGAGAAUCUUUGACAAGUUUGUAACAAUUGUAAAUAAGUCCCAUUAAUACAGAUUAAUAAAUGAGCCGUGCC